AUGCUCAAACUUGCAUCCGACCUUAGCAGCUGGCGACCAUGGUCCAAUUCAGGCACAGGGUACGAGAAGUUCUCCAUCGAUGGCCUUACUUUUUCAGUGUUUCCGGAUCUCUCUCGGUUGUCGUUUGCAGAAGCUCAUCAGCAACGACUAAAGCAACAAGGGCCAGUGAUCAAAGGCCGCACAGUAACUCUGGCAAUAGCAGACUGGACAAAUGCAAGUGAUCCCGUACAAAGGACAACGACAGCGCAGGAUCCUUCGUGGGAGUCUUUCGAUGAGACCAUCCUCAUUGAAAAAUGCGAAGAUGUCAUAACGAAGCAUAGGGCUGUGAAAUCUGGCCCACUCGAGUAUGUAACGUGCUCGGCACAGCAUCCUCGUCGACGCUCUGCGCUGGGACUUCCGGACACCCCUCUGUCUACCAGCAGACGUCUUCUCGCCACUCACAACCACAUCCCCGGUAUCCAUUCGAGUCAGGUUCGGGUCAAUCUAGGAACAUCUUUCGUCUUCCUGCACAAGCAAGAGGUGGAUCUUCAAUCUAUUACAAUGCUCUGGAGCGGCGACCCCGUCCUUUGGAUCGUCGUCCCACCGAGGCAAGCCUCCGUCCUGGAGGGACGUCUCGCGGAGAAUCUGAAGCUUCCGCAAGCCUGCAGCCAGUUCGUCCGUCAUGCCAAUCUCCUGGUGCCACCGUCGGUGCUGUACGAGUGGGGGAUCACCUUUAGCAUUUUCCUCCAGCGACCCGGAGAGGUCGUACGAACAGACUACCUCAGCUAUCAGUGGGCAUGGAAUACCGGCUCCAAUGUCGUCGAGAGCAUCAGCUACUGUGAAGCAGAUUGGUGUCCCUCACCCAUAUAUCGACAUUGCCGGAAGUCCAGCCGCAAUUGUGGUUCGAGUCCCGUCACGGCCGAGGCCAUGGUACUCGGCCAAUAUCGUCCACUGGAUGUUUUGGAGGAAUUGGACGAAGACAUCAUCGAUCCCCAAGAUGAUGAAGUCACAACUCCAGGUCAUGAUAGUGACUCGCAGUCGGAGUCCACUGUCACCUCUCCAACGCAUGCUUCGCCUUCUGGCGACUGUCCUUCUGAUGGGAAGUCUCUGGCCAAACUGGAAAUCAAAGCAAACAAUGCUUCGUCAGGCCCUCCUGCAAAUCGACCCCUUCUUCAAGCUUGCGUCGAAAGUGAGGAUGAGGAUUCUCAGAUGAAAGACGUCGACGAUGAUCCAUCUCCUGCACAAGAACCCGAUCUGCAGAUGCCGUCCAAUGACUCGAGUCCGACCAGGACCCCAGCGGACGUACCUAUGGGCCAGGAUUCUGACGACGAUACGGAUGAGGCCGCGAGUGACGCUGCAUACUCUCAGCCAGUGUCAUCACCGAGGGAUCAGCGUUCGAUUGCCGGAAGUAUUCCAGAAUAUGCAUGGCAACCUAGGAAUGAUGAGUUCUACAUCAACACAGACUUCUUCUGCAAGAAUGCACGUCGACCGGCCCCGCUUCCGACAUUUUCCCCUGGACCACCAACAGACUCCCCGACGGGUGGCUUGGGCGACCUCUUCGUCACUAACGGUGAUGAGCCUGUAUCAUCUGAGCAAGUGGAGGCCAAAAUCCGACCUGGGUUGGAGAAAUCUGUCUGUGAGACAUCCGAUCCCUUCCAGCCGUCAUCCCCGUGGUUUCCAGCCCUGUCUGUCUCAUCUCCGGAACCCUCAGGAACAUCGCCCUCCCAUCCGACUCCCACGAAACAGUUCAGUUCUUCUGGCAGUGGUAUGUCUCCAAAUGCAAAUGCAGCAGAUGCUACGAUAAUCUCCAUCACUUCUUCACAGGCAAGCUCACCACUGUUUUCUGGAGUUGUAGGGAGCGGGCACUCGUACACUACGCCUCCUAGCACGGCUCAGACGGCUCAAGGUGUUGUUGUAGCAUUCCCGACGCUCGAUCGAAAAUUGCCAGAAGAAGAAAUGAUCCAGGAUAUCGAUGGACUGAUUGAGCUUGGAUGCCGCAACCGUGAUUCGAUUCCUUGGAUCACCACCCAUCCGGAGGCCGUUGAGCGCAUGUUGAAUACGUUUCGACCGGGCCAGUGGCUCAAUGACGAUGCGGUGAUGGAAUGCCUCUACCGUAUGGCCAUGAUCCGAGGUGAUGUGCACGUCGUGGAAUCUCAUGAUUUCAAUGCGGCCUACAUCCAGCAAAACCCGGCCAGGAUCUUUAGGUGGCAGACACCUUCGAUAGUUCUGGUUCCCGUUCAUGUCGAGCAGACCAGUCAUUGGUUUCUGGUGAGCUUGCACUUCGCCCACCGUCAACUUAUGGUACACGACCAUGAGGACGAGAGGUCCAUACCCGUGGCUCAUUUCAUCCUCUCCGGCGCACCAGAGCUCAGCGGAUGGACGGUGAGGUACAGUUUAGGUUUAAUCAAUGACGGCAAUAAUUGCGGCGUCAUUCUGCUCCACGAAGCGGACAAAAUCUUGGGACACAGGGACCCAAGCGCUCUAAAUUUCGUCGCUCUGCGAAGACGUUACAUACAAUUGAUUGUGGCUAGUCACCCUACGGAAGCUCCCCAGGUUGGCUCGCCCUUUUCCGGAGAUGCCAGCACCACCGGCCCUUCAUCUGGGGGGUUACUAAGCCCCAGCCCUGAUCCCCGAACGGAAUCGAAGCUGAAAUUCGAAGACCUGCCACCGCAGGUGAGGAUGAAGUUCCUUGCCUCCUCAAUGGGGUGCAAAGAGGUCUUAGAGGACUUCCGAGAUCUGGUCUAUAUUCUGAAAGACCAGUCACUUCGAGUCCGCAGUGACACUCAACGGACCAUGCAGCUGUACAAAUGUAGUCGAAAUCUUCGGCAAGAUGUCCUUUCCGGUCGUACCCCAUCCAACGUUACCAUUCAGAACACUCUAAGACUCUACGACACUGUCGACUCGCCUGGCCAUGCUUCAGAAGCUUUCUGCACCAGCAUCCAGGGAGGUGACCAAGAUGGCCUGCAGGUAGCGGUUCAACUGUAUACCCGAGGCCGCGGCUACACGAAGCUCAGGAGCCUGACACGAGCAUUCGGGGCGUUGUCUAUAACUUCCACAUAUCGCGCACUAAUGAGCAUCUUUCAUAACAAAUCGAGGCCAGGCGCAUCAGAGGAUGUCGAGAUGCAGUCAGGAGAUCAAACGGAGCCUGCCAAACAGGGCCAGGGGUCAGAUACGCUUACCUACAAGUACAUACUGAAAUGUACUCGACAAGAUAAAGAUCCUAAAGCCCUCCGCCGUCUCAAGAAGGCCAAUUACCGGGGCAAUUGUCUACACCAUUUUGAAGACAUCUGCGGGCGCGAACGGCCACUGUGGAUGCUACGACCGAUAAGAACGAUUCCGUGUCCCCUGGAUCCUGAUUACACAAUCAGGCCCGCCUGUUAUGAAAAUCUUAACAAACGUAAUAUUCAAACGUUGGUUGACUUGGUCAGGGACAUUAACCCUCGACUUUGGGAUUUUUUACCACGCUGUGGGCGAGGGAUUGAACGAAUGCUCGCUGGUGAAGCUGUUGAUGACGGAUUCAUCGAGGAGUUCGACAGUCUCUUCUCGGGUUAAAGGGAUUCAGCUUUACAGGCGUUUGUGUUGUCAUGGAUACCUGUGGUACAGUGUAUACAUGUAGCAGUUUCUGUCGAGUAACAAAAGUCUUCC